AUGGGUAAAACGCAAAUAUGGGAAAAACGAAAAUAUGGGAAAAACGCAAAUAUGGGAAAAACGCAAAUAUGGGAAAAACGCAAAUAUGGGAAAAACGCAAAUAUGGGAAAAACGCAAAUAUGGGAUAAACGCAAAAAUGGGAUAAACGCAAAUAUGGGAAAAACGCAAAUAUGGGAAAAACGCAAAUAUGGGAAACACGCAAAUAUGGGGAAAACACAAAUAUGGGGAAAACGCAAAUAUGGGGAAAACGCAAAUAUGGGGAAAACGCAAAUAUGGGGAAAACGCAAAUAUGGGGAAAACGCAAAUAUGGGGAAAGCGCAAAUAUGGGGAAAACGCAAAUAUGGGGAAAACGCAAAUAUGGGGAAAACGCAAAUAUGGGGAAAACGCUAA